ACCAGGAAAGGUUGUGUCUUUUUUUAAGCACUGAGACUCCGCCCAGACUGACCCCCGUUAGCACCAGGAGAGGCGCGCGCACAGCGCACAGGCCAGCUGGCUUGGGAGCCCAGGCGCUUCUCCAAGGAAUUUGGCCCUUCUAAGAAGAGGGGGCAGGGUAGGCGAGGGGACGAUCAAAGUGCAGGAGAGCGGGAGAAACGCGCGGGCAGGCCCUUGGCAUCAGCAGCGGCUGCGGCUGCCCCACCCCCCAGAGAACCUGGAGGAAGAUUGGAGGAGAAGGAGAAGGAGAAGGAGGAGAAGGAGGACAAUGUGGACCCCGCUCCAGAAUUCCGUGGAGGUGGCGUUGCGCAGGACCCCUCACCGCCUGUGUGCGGGCACUCUGGGGGUGGCGGCCAGCCUAUUCCUGCUUGGCUUUCUUUUCGGAUGGAUUGGAAAACCCACCAGUGAAUUUAGUAGCAUAAUUCCCCAACGAAAUAUGAAGAAGGCAUUUCUGGAUGAACUGAAGGCUGAAAACAUCAAAACAUUUUUAUAUAAUUUUACCCGGAUCCCACAUCUGGCAGGAACAGAACAAAACUUGGACCUUGCAAAGCAAAUCCAAUCACAGUGGAAAGAAUUUGGCCUAGAUUCGGUUGAACUUACUCACUAUGAUGUCCUCUUAUCCUACCCCAAUGAGACUGAUCCCAAUUAUAUCUCUAUCAUUGAUGAAGAUGGACAUGAGAUUUUCAACACAUCAUUAUUUGAACCCCCUCCUCCAGGAUAUGAACAUGUUCCAGAUGUGGUGCCACCUUUUAGUGCUUUUUCACCGCAGGGGAUGCCGGAGGGUGAACUAGUGUAUGUGAAUUAUGCAAGAAUUCAAGAUUUCUUUAAAUUGGAGCAGGAUAUAGGAAUCAAUUGUUCUGGAAAAAUUGCCAUUGCUAGAUAUGGGAAAAUUUUCAGAGGAAAUAAGGUUAAAAAUGCUCAACGGGCAGGAGUUAAAGGAAUUAUCCUCUAUUCUGAUCCUGCUGAUUAUUCUUCCCCUGGGGUAGAACCUUAUCCUAAAGGUUGGAACCUGCCAGGAGGUGGGGCCCAACGUGGAAAUGUACUAAAUCUCAAUGGUGCAGGUGACCCUCUCACUCCAGGUUAUCCAGCUAAUGAAUAUGCCUAUAGAUAUGAUAUAACUGAAGCUAUUGGUCUUCCAAAGAUUCCCGUUCAUCCAAUUGGAUACAAUGAUGCCCAGAUCUUACUUGAAAAUAUGGGAGGACCAGCACCACCAGACCACAGUUGGAAAGGGAGGCUUAAUGUGCCUUACAACAUUGGGCCUGGCUUUACUGGAAACUAUUCUACACGAAAAGUCAAAAUGAAUAUUCACAGCAAUAACAAAGUAACAAGGAUUUACAAUGUGAUUGGCACUCUCAGAGGAGCAGUGGAACCAGACAGGUAUGUAAUUCUGGGAGGUCAUCGUGACUCAUGGGUGUUUGGUGGCAUUGAUCCUCAGAGUGGAGCUGCUGUAGUACAUGAGAUUGUGAGGAGUUAUGGAAAACUGAAAAGGGAAGGAUGGAGGCCAAGAAGAACAAUGAUAUUUGCAAGCUGGGAUGCUGAAGAAUUUGGUCUAUUAGGCUCUACUGAGUGGGCUGAGGAAAAUUCCAGAAUACUGCUAGAACGUGGAGUGGCUUAUAUUAAUGCAGAUUCUUCUGUAGAAGGAAACUACACUUUGAGGAUCGAUUGUUCACCACUAAUGCAUAGAUUGAUAUACAGCCUAACAAAAGAGCUUCGAAGUCCUGAUGAGGGUUUUGAAGACAAAUCUCUGUAUGAGAGCUGGAAGGAGAAAGAUCCUUCAACAGAAUUCAAUGGCUUACCCAGGAUCAACAAACUGGGAUCUGGCAAUGAUUUUGAAGUCUUUUUUCAUAGACUUGGCAUUCCUUCAGGCAGGGCUCGUUAUACUAAAAACUGGAAAACAGACAGAUACAGCAGCUAUCCAGUAUAUCACAGUGUCUAUGAAACUUUUGAAAUAGUGGAAAAAUUUUAUGACCCCACUUUUAAGAAUCACCUCACAGUGGCUCAGGUCCGAGGAGGCAUCCUUUUUGAACUGGCUGACUCCAUCGUUCUCCCUUUGGACUGUCAAGACUAUGCAAAAGUUUUACAAAAAUAUGUUAACAGUAUUAAUGAACUGGCUCAGAAACACCCAGAAAAGCUGCAAGCAUACAAUGUAUCCUUUGACCCACUCUUCUCAGCAGUGAAGAAUUUUACAGAAACAACUGAUAACUUCAGCAAGAGACUGCAAGACUUAGACACAACAAGUGACCCAGUUUCAGUGAGAAUUAUCAAUGACCAGCUAAUGCUUCUAGAAAGAGCUUUUAUUGAUCCUCUUGGACUGCCUGGAAGCCCAUUCUAUAGGCACAUCAUCUUUGCUCCAAGCAGUCAUAACAAGUAUGCUGGAGAGGCAUUCCCAGGAAUUUAUGAUGCUCUCUUUGAUAUUGAAAACAGAGAAGAUCCUUCAAAGGCCUGGGCGGAAGUCAAGAAGCAGAUUUCUAUUGCAGCCUUCACAGUGCAAGCUGCAGCAGGCUCUCUGAAGGAAGUCGCAUGAUAGCCAGAGCAAGGGAUAGCAUGUGAAAGCUGAGCAUCUUUCAGAAAUUUCCCAAUAGCAAAAUGGAUGCUCCCACAUUGGGGAGUACCUCAGCAAACUGAUACUGGCAUGUAAAUGAAUAUUAUUGUGCCAUAAGAAGUGAUGGAAUGAAGAAUUCAGUGAACCAAGGGAAGAUCUAUAUGAACUGAUGCAGAGUAGAGCAAGAAAUACAAGAAGAACAGUAACCUACAAUGAUUGUAAUAAUUUAAAUGAUAAGAAUACUAAAUGACAACCAAACUCUGAGUCAUUAAAAUGAGCAUUCUUGGUUCCAAAGAAUAGGUAAUGAAACAUACCUUUCUCCUGGCAGGUAGGAAAACAGGAGGAAAGUAUAGGAGUAGAACACUGAAUACACUCCAAAUGCAAUUACUAAACUGGUUGUUUUUACUUAAUUAUUUUCUUUAAGAGGAAGGUUGAAUAAUGGAUGACAAAGGAGAAGCAGGGGAGCUUAUAACAAGAAUGAUGGUCAUGUAAAAGUACAAAAGGUAUCCAUAACUUUUCUCAAAGAGGAGGGUUCAAUAAAGGGUGGCAGAAGAAAGGCAAGGGAGCUUAUAUCUGAAAAAGAUAGUCAUGCAAAAAAACAAACAAACAAAAGGUAUCAAUAAAACUAACUUUUUUUAAUAGGUGCUAUAGUUUAUUGUAGAGUGAAUUCAUUUCUGUGAGGAACUCAGUUGAACCAUUAUCAAUAGUCUCCCAUUCCAAGGAUCUCAAAACAUAUAUGUAAUAUAUGUUUAUCCCAUUAUUGUUUAAGAGCAUUUGAAAAUCUCAAUUUUAAGAUACAAUUUGGAGGAACAUUCAGAAAACAGACAACUUUUAGUUGGCACAGAAUGUUGUAAAUCACAUUCUCUGAUCAAUAAAAAAUAAUUAGAAAAUAAUAAUUAGAAUACAAAGAUACAUGUAAAGAGUUUGGCAUAAUAGAGGAAGGUCCAGCUUUGGAAUUAGAAGACCUUCUGAUGCAUAACCUCUUAAUUCCCUGGGCAACUUUCUCACCUAAAAAUUACAGAAAGUUGCUCAUAUGCAUCUGGGGAAGAAAUAGUCCACACAUACCAGGAGUUCCUUCCAAUGAUAAUAUCACAACUCCUGACUCUUUUUCUCUUCCUUCCUCUUCUCGCUUCCCAAGAUACACAUAAUACUAAUACUAUGCUGUUGUGGUAGAGAGUGUGCUGAAUUGAGAGCAAGGAAACCUAGACUUUAGUCUUAAGGUCUGCCAGGAACUAACUCUGUGGCCUUGGGUAACUGAUUUAUCUUCCUUAGGCCUCAGUUUCCUCCUUUGGAAAAUGAUCUGUAAGGUCCCUGUGAGCUUAUCAUCCACUAAAGCCUCCCAUUAUUUUAGAGGAAGUGUUGUCUGGCUAUGUUUCCUCCAACUUGUAAUUGUGAUCUUUCUUCAUUUCUCUAGCUAGGCUGGUCCUCUUAGGGACACACCUACAGCUCACCAGUCAACCUGUCCAUAACUCUUUUCCUUGCAUGAUAAGACUUGCAAAAGUAUGUGUUUCAGCUACUAUAACUUUCAAGAAACCCUUCUACCUGUAUCAAAAGAUGACUUUAGUGAGAGGUAGUUCAAUGCUUCAAAAGAAUUCUGGAUUUGAAGUCAUGAAAGGCUCUUUGGCCCCUGCCAUUUCCUAGCUAUGUGACCAUUGGCAAGUUCACGUGAACUCUCUAAACCUCAGUUUCCUCAUCUCUAAAUGGACAUAAUACCUGCAGUGCCUACCUCACAGGGUUGUCUGGAGGCUAAAAUAUGAUAAUGUAUAUAAAGUGCUUAUACCCUUUAAGUGCUAAUAUAAAUAUCGAUUAUUAUCAUCAUUUUUCUUCAUAUAUAUAUAUUUUUAGUGAGGCAAUUGGGGUUAAGUGACUUGCCCAUGGUCACACAGCUAGUUAAGUGUCAAGUGUCUGAGGCCGGAUUUGAACUCAGGUACUCCUGACUCCAGGGCCGGUGCUCUAUCCACUGCACCAUCUAGCUGCCCCAUUUUUCUUCUUAUAUUACUCAGAAGAUAAUUUCUUUUCUAUCAGCAUCUCAAGUGUAGGAAGUAUCCUUCCUGAAUCCACAACUCUUGUGGCUAUCCUAACUCAACAUACUUCCUUACUUCCCCUGCAGUCCAAAUUCAUUCAUCUUAAUUCAAAUUCAUACUACAUGCCUGAUGACAAUUAUUCUUCUAUGACACCACUCUCAUCCUUGAAUUCUGGAACAACAGAAUAAUAUAUUUUUUAUUAGGUAUCAAAUCCAAACUGUCAUCAUUGGGCCUGAGCAGCAUCUGCUCAAGACUUCUUUGGGUAGAUUGUGAAACUACUGGCUGAACUGCAACUGAGCCUUAUAAAUGACUACUGAAACACAGUAAUAGGUCCUUGCUCGGGGUAGUCCUUUGGUGCUAUUGUCAGAAUGUUGUGCUAAAAGGACCUUGGGUUAGACCUCUUGCUGCAGUUCUUAUGGCCUUUAAGUCCCAUUACCAAACAGCACCACUCUCUAGGUUAGUAUAGUGAACACAAUGCUAGACUUGAAAUUAGGAAGACCUAAGGUCAAAUCCUGACACAUUUCUUAGUGGUGUGGUACUAGUCAAAUCACUUUACCCUGUUAGUGUUUCAGUCUACUCAUCCGUACAAUAGAAAAAAUAGUAGCACCUUCCUGGAGUUGUUGUGAGAUGUAGCAAGAUGAUAUAUGUAUAGUGUUUAAAGUGCUAUGUAAAUCGUGAGCUAUUGUCACUACCUUUUUUUUGUCAUGCCGUGUAAUAAAAUCGGAUUAAAAUUGGGUUCAAAACUUAUUGGGAAAAGUGCUGUCUAUAAAAGAGAUAAGACAUUUCUAGAAAACAACCCCAGAAAAUUUGGUAUCCGAGGCAAUUUUCUAACUGAAGACUGGUGCCAAUAACACCAGAUGAAGGGGGUGGAAGGAUAUCAGAACAGUCAUUCUUAGUUUAACCUUGGGGCUCCCUGUUUCUUCUAGGCUCACUUCAGGGAGUUGUGGCCAAGUUUGCUGGAUUGUACACUUGGUUACAGACAGGAAGGUGUGUGUGAGAGUGUGGGUAUGUUCGUGUGUUGGGGAAGAAAUCACAGGUUCAGCACAAGGUGAUUUGAAUAAUCUCAUUGAAGUGUUUAAAGAAAGAGAGAAUUAGGGAACAGUUAGAAUGAAUACCUUAGUCCUUAGACCACUG